ACUCUCUUGGUGUCGUAUCAUCUUGGUUGCAUUCAACAGCUGGGUGGAACUCCCGACAAAAACUUGCUUCAGUGACGUUUUCAAAAGAGAUGGAAAUUGGACGGCUUUGAAAUAACCCUACCGUAGCAUCAAGACUCACUUCUCCUCGUUGUCAUGGAUUUUAAUGUCAAGCGGCUAGCUGCAGACGCGGGUACCUUCCUAAGUCGUGCUGUGCAAUUCACAGAAGAGAAGUUUGGCCAGGCCGAGAAGACAGAAUUGGAUGCCCAUUUGGAGAAUCUUUUGGUAAGAGCUGAGACCACCAAGCAAUGGACAGAAAAAAUCAUGAAGCAGACCGAAGUCUUAUUACAACCCAACCCAAAUGUCCGACUUGAAGAAUUUGUGUACGAGAAACUGGAAAAAAAGGUCCCAACGCGAAUGAACAACCAUGAACUGUUGGGCCAGUCCAUGAUUGACUCAGGAAAUGAAUUUGGUCCCGGGACGGCUUAUGGAAAUGCUUUGAUAAAAUGUGGCGAGACCCAGAAGCAAAUCGGCGGUGCAGAGCGAGAGUUAAUUCAAAGUUCUGCCAUCAAUUUCCUGACCCCUUUCAGGAACUUUCUGGAGGGGGACUUCAAAACGAUCCUGAAAGAACGAAAGCUGCUGCAGGUCAAGCGUUUGGAUCUGGAUGCAGCCAAAACGAGACUCAAGAAGGCCCGCAUGGCUGAUACUCGAGCUGUUGCUGAACAGGAGCUAAGGAUGACUCAGAGUGAAUUUGACCGUCAGGCUGAGAUCACGCGACUGCUGCUCGAAGGCGUCAGCAGCACCCAUGCACACCACCUACGCUGUUUGAAUGAUUUUGUGGAGGCUCAGACGACCUACUAUGCGCAAUGCUACCAGUAUAUGGUGGAUCUGCAAAAGCAGUUGGGAAGUUUUCCUUCGUCAUUCUCCAAUAACAACCAGUCGUCAGUGACGGAAGGGGCCAGCAUUUCAGUGCCCACCAUACCAGUGUCGGCCUCCCUGCCCGCCUCUUCCAGCCGCGGUGGCUUCAGCGAAUUGCGUAUCUCCAGCGGCAGCCGCAAAGCGAGGGUCCUUUACGACUACGACGCGGCGAGCGGCAGUGAACUUUCCCUGCUGGCCGAUGAGGUUAUCACAGUCAGCAGCGUGCCAGGCAUGGAUUCCGACUGGCUCAUGGGAGAGCGAGGCAGCCAGAAGGGCAAAGUACCAAUCACCUAUCUGGAAUUACUUAACUGAAAAAUGCAUCGUCAGUCGUGAGCUUAUGCUCCCAUAUCAGCCCUCUUCCAUUUUGUUUUUAUUUUAUAUAAUAUAUAAAAAGUCAGGCUCCAUUUUUAGUGAGGGCACCUGAACUCAAAGCUGGAAUCAGUGCGUUCAAGUGAACGGAGGGGGAAAUGGAGUUGAUGUUUUUGCAUGCAGCUGACUUACAUUUCAAUUUUUUUUUAAAGUUGCCUCUCUUCCAUACCUUUGUAUUUGAUGUUAAACAAUUUGCAAUGGGUGCCAGAACAUCUUCCAAAGUUUUCCAUGCAUUUCGUUUUUGUUUACAUGAUCUAUCUACAUAUAGUAUACACAUCUCAGUUGCCUAAGGGUGUAAGUUUGGAGUCUCUCUCUACUUUGUUCACUGCUACCGUAAAGUAAUUUUUUUCCCCCUUCGCACUUCAUCCUGAAAACCAGCGUGAUGCUCGUUCAGAAUUGGCUUGACCAUAAUGAGAUAUUGUAUAUGUUUAUGAAAUAGCAGUGGGCAACAGCUUUGUGAAGUUUGGCACAAGCCUUGUGAGCACUUUGAACUUUUAAGUGCCAGAUGAAAUUAAUCGGGAACGAAAUCAGUUUUAUUCCAAACAACUUGCCAAACAUUUUCAACAACUUUUAGUUUUUGUCCAAAUCCAACAGUCUUCAGAUUGGCAAUUUGUUCUACUUUUUAGCCUCGACUCCUGUUACUUGAUAUUUAUUGCUAAUUGGAAAACUCACAUCUUGAAAACUCAAAGAUGUGAACAUCAAAAUGUUCACAUUUUUGUAGGGAUUUGUCAACCUAUGGCUACUUUGAGAUUAAGUUAUUUGCUGGGUGUAUAGUUGGCAAAUGAUUAGUUUUAUCGUAUGGCACGCUGAUCAAUAUCCUAUCUUUGAUAUCUUCUGAUAUGAUGAUAUCAUCUGAUAUGAUGGGUGUGGCAUGGCUAAUACAUCAUCCUU